AUGGUGGACAAAAUUAAAGAAGACGCUAUUAUUCAGAACAUUUUUCAAAUAUGCUUGAAAAAAGAGGAAUGUAAUAAUAAUAAAUUAUAUUUAGAAUCAUAUGUGAAAGAAUUAAAUGAAAACAAUGAGGAGUUAUAUUUUUUGGUUGAUAAUUUAUAUUUCAUUUUACUUCACAAGAUAAGUGAUUUACAUAGACAGAAGAAAAAUUGCUUAAGUUAUUUAUGUUCAUGUGCUUCUCGAUUAGUUGAUAAAAGUUUAUAUAAAGGUAUAAAUAUGAAUAAUAAAGAAAGUGAUAUAAUAAUUAAUGAGAUAUCUGAUCAAAUUGUUAAUAGUGUAAUUAUAUAUUUAGAAAAUUUGGAUAUAUAUCCAAAUAUGAAAAUAAGUAAAAAAGAAAGAAUGGAAGUAUUUUAUGAAUUUUUAAAAAAAUCAUGUACUUCUCGAUUUUUAAAAAAAGUAUUGUCUUUUAUAGAAGAAAAUGAUAAAAGCGAAGAAGAUGAAAAUAGUAAACAGUUAAAUAAAUUCUUUAAUCCAAUAAUAGAAUUAAUAUUAAAUAAUUUGAAUAAUAGAAGUUUAGUGUACCCAAAAAAUGAUGUUGCUGUUUUGUUCAGUUUCUUGACAGGUUUCAAACCUAUAGCUGAUUUGAUAGCACAAAAUAAGUCUAUGUUUUUAUAUAUAAAUGUGAAAGAUCGUAUGAAGGAUAAUAUGUAUAGUGAUAUAAAAAAGGAAAGUGAUAAAAAUUUAUUAUCAACAUGUAAGAGUAUGCCUGUAAAUACGUCCGAUUCUUCUACAAAUAAUAUAAUAACAAAUGAUAAUAAUAGCAGCAAUAUUAAUGAUGCUGUUCCACAAGAGGGAAAUACAACCACUAGCUCUAAUAAUAAUAUAAAUAAUAAUAUAAAUAAUAAUGUAAAUAAUAAUAUAAAUAAUAAUGUAAAUAAUAUUGUUAAUAAUAACCUAAGUAAUAAUAGUAGCAAUCGUCGAAGCGUGCCAUACACACAUUUUCGUAGCACAUUUAUACAAAAUAAUUAUUCUCAUUUCAGCAGAGAUAAAGAAAUUAGUACUUGUGGCUAUAACUUCCAAUUGAAUAGCUUACUGGGUAGGCUAAUUUCACCCACAAUUAUUAAUAUGCCAAAUAUAAUGAAAAAAGAAGAGAUUGCUAUGUAUAAAUAUUUCUAUAAUACUAAUACAAAUAGUUUAAAUAAAAUGACCCUAAAUACAUUAAAAAAUACAUAUACUUUAUUAAGAAAAGAUACAGAUUGGAUUUUAGAAAAUUGUGUAGAAAUAAUAAAGAACUUAUUAAAAAGUAGUAGUGAUAGUAAAAAGAUAAUAUUAUUAUGGAUAAAUUGUAUUCUUAUUUCUAAUGAGAAGAAAACAAAAAUAAUGUAUCAUUAUUCUACAUAUCCACAAUCUUUAGAUACUUCAUAUGGAUUAUUUUUAAAAUUAUUGGGAGAAAAUUCUUAUGGGUUUUGUCUUAAUAUGUUCUGGGUUUUAUUAUGUUUAUGUGAACCUAUAACUGUAAAUAAAAUUAACGAUUUUGAUUUUUUUUUCUUUUUAAGAAAUGAUCCCUUUUCAAAAUUUUUAUUAAAAAAUAUUACAAACCAGUCGUCUUUUGAGGAUAAAUCCAAUGUAGAAAAAAUUAAGAAAAAUGUGGAACGUUCUGAAUGUUUUCAAAAAGAACCUAAAUUUAUCACUUGUAUAUUUUGGAUGACCUUUAAAUCAUUGAGUGUAUUUUUUAAACCUGCAGUAGAUGAAUUUAUUAAAAUAGUUCAAGAAACAGGCAAUGCAAAAGAUAAAGAUUUUUAUUAUAUGAAUAUACAUGCAUGGAAAAUUUUUCUAUAUAAUACACGCUUUAAUCAAUUAUUGUUUAAAUUUUUACAUUUAUGUAUGAAUUACUUUCUUCAUGUUGCAUAUCUAUAUGAUAUGAAUGGAAAUAUUAAUAAUUCUAUGAAAACUUGCUUGAGCGAACAUAAUAAUAGUGUGGUUCAUUUGGUUUUAAAGUGUUGUCCUCCUCCUAACGAGAAAUAUUAUAAUAAUUCAAAAGAAGGUACUACAGAAGGUAGUAGUAAUCUUGUUUCCAGCAUGAGAGAAAAUGAAAAAGUGGACAGGAACGAACCCAGUGAAGAUAACAAAAGAAUUGAAAAUAAUGAUAGGGUUGUUGAAAAUAACCAAAUGAAUGAAUCAGCAAGAAAUGGUUCCAUAAAUGAAGACCUUAAUAGAGUAGAAACAGAAGGAAUGAAUAUAUCUAAUGAAACAAAUCGCACGGCAUCAUUAGAUAUAAAUAAUAAUGUAGAGAAUACACCAGUGAUGAUAAGACCUUUGGAUGGAUCAGAUGAUCAUUUAUAUGCAUCUCCACACUUUUCUAUAAUACCUACUUUUUUUUUAAGUGAUAUAUUUGAAAUAUUAUAUUUAUUAUACGAAUUAGAUUUAUUUAAAGGUCCAAAUAAUGAAACGUUAAUGAAUUAUUUAGAUAUAGAUUUAUUUUUAGCCUUUUCUAUUUUUACAAUGUUAAGUGAAAAUCAUAUUAAGAGUAUUCAUUUAAGAUGUGAAUCAGCUCCUAAAACUUUUUCGUUUUUAUAUAAAUUAGAUAAUUUAAAAAAGGUAAUUGAAGAAUCAGAUUUGACUAAAAAAUAUAUUAUAAAAUCCUUAACAAAUGUAUUUAUAGCUUCUCAAAAAGGAGAAUAUACAGAAAGAAUGCAAACACGUGUACGCAUAGUAGAGAACUUUAAUAGUUUCUUUUUAAAUAAAACAUAUGUAAAUCAGUUUACACAAUUAGUUAUAAAUAAUAAUAAUUUAUUUGUCCAUUUGAUUCAUUUAUUAUUAAAUGAUGUAAGUUUUCUAGUUGAAGAAGUGGUCUCUUACUUAUCUGAAAUAAAAAGAAGAGAAGAAAAUAAUAAGAAGAAAAAAGAUUCGCAACAAGAAAAUGAGCAAGAGGCAAAUUCGAAUUCGUAUUUAAAUGCAACUACAAGAAAUAGUAGAACAUCCAAUGGAAAUAACAAUUCGGUAUCUAAUAUGAAUUAUUCACCUUUAAAUAAUAAUAACAACAACAAUAUUAAUAAUAACAAUAAUAAUAACAAUAAUAACAAUUUUAAUGACUCCUCAUUUAAUAGUGAUAAUAAUAGUGAUGAUGGAGAUGAAGACGGAAUUGAUAAUGAUUUAUCAAAUGAAAGUAUGAGAAACUUAGCAGCCAAAACAAAAAUGAUUAUAACAUAUUGUUAUAAAUCAUGCAUAUUUUUAAAUUUAUUAUGUAAAAAUUAUCCAAAUAAUAUACUUACAUCUAAUACCAUACUUUCACAAAUCGUUACAUGCUUAAACUGUUAUUUUGAUUAUUUAGUUGGUCCUAAAUGUUUAAAUAUCAAAGUUAAAAAUAUGGAACAAUAUAAUUUUAGACCACAACUGUGGCUCACCAGUAUAGUAGAAUCUUAUUUAUUCUUAUUGAAUUCUGAUAAAGAACAUGAAGAGUUAUUAAUUAGAGAAAUAGCAAAUGAAGGAAGAUAUUAUAAACCUGAAAUUUUUAAUAAAGCUUAUUAUAUAUGUAAAAGAGAAGGAUUAUUACACAAGGAAGAAUUAAAUAAAUUUAAAAACUUUUGUCAAGAAAUUGUAGAUAUGAAAGAUGAAGUAGAAUUAUUUAAUGAUGUUGAUGAUAUACCUGAUAAUUUCUUAGAUCCAAUUCUACAAGAUAUUAUGUUAGAUCCCGUUCUAUUACCUACCUCUGGUAUUAUUAUUGACAGAAAGAAUAUUGAAAGACAUUUAAUGAGUGAACCUAAUGAUCCAUUUAAUAGAGCCCCACUUUCAAAAGAACAGCUAGUACCCAUGCCACAACUAAAGGAAGAAAUACAAAAUUACAUAAAUAAAUUAAGACAAGAAAAAAAAAAAAAAAAAAAAAAAAAUAGAUAA